AUGCGAAAAGGCAGUAUAUCUGAAUAUGACUGUCUAGAUGAUCUUCGCCAGAUCGCUGAAGAUCAACCGCUUCUCAGUCUCUCGGAAAAUGGAUUUGCUAUCAUAUUUUGCACUACCUCGGUAUUGUUUAUUGCAAGUGCAGUAAACGGCCUAGUCACCCUCAAUAUCACUCAAUUUUCCUCCGAAUUCAAUUCAAACCCCGGCGUUGAAGUAUGGCCAAUGUCAAUGUACUAUCUUGCUCAAGGCUGUACAUUCAUGCUGGCAGGCUCAUUGACAGAUGCCCUAGGUAGCAGGAGAGCAUUUCUGUCCGGAUGCUUCAUACAGACGGUUUGCCAUCUGGCUAGUGGGUUGACCCGGAAUGGCGCGCAGCUUGUUGCUGUCAGAUUUGUGUCCGGUAUGGCUUACCCAUUGUGUUUCAUUUCUGCAAUGGGCAUUCAUGACGAAAAUCUUCCAAUUGGAAAGUUACGCGAUUUUGCAUUUUCCUGUACGAGUGCAAGUCAGUACAUUGGCUCUGGGAUAGGUAUUGUCCUUGGUGGGAUAUUCUCAGAGACUGCUACUUGGCGAUGGGGCUUUCACUAUGCUACAAUUUUGAGCCUAUUUGGAUUUCUCUUCUCCAUUUGGAUGAUUCCCCCAAACGCCCAAGAGCCAAAAUAUAUCCCAUGGACAGAACUGGUGGAAGAUAUCGAUUGGUCUGGAACUCUGCUCGCCAGUUCACUGAUGGGGCUCCUAUUCUCUGCCUUGGCUGUCAUCACAAACAAUGUGGCUCACAUUGGGAGAGCGUGUCUCUUUGUUCCUCUUGCUCUUGGUUGGAUCCUGCUCAUUGCUUUCCUAUUCUGGCAGGAUUGCUGGGAAAGAGAUAGCAUGCAGCGUGUUCAGAAUUCUCUUUGGAAAAACCGCCAUUUUCUUUCCAUGGGUCUGGUUAUCUUCUUUGUCUAUGCGUCCUCUCACUCUACUUCGCAGCUCAUCAUUUUUGUAUUCCAACGAGUACAGGGUCUUUCGGUCCUACAAUCAUCUUGGCAAUAUUCGGUAAUCCCGAUCGCCGGCGCACUGAGCAGUCUGCUCACGGGGCGUUUCUUACCUCAUGUGAGAGCGACCAAGAUACUCAUUGUUGCAAUAGUGCUCUCUGGUCUCUCUCCACUCUUGAUGGCGACCUUGAGCCCAGUUUGGCCUUUCUGGAAAUGUGCAAUGCCCGCCGUGAUCUUGAAUUCGGUGGCAUCAAACUCUGUUAUCCCAAUUGCCACCAUGAUGGUAGCUGAUUAUUUUCCGCUAGAGACCCAGGGGUUUGCAAUGGGAGUGCUAUGCAUUGUGGCAAUGAUUGGAGCCUCCGUGGGCAUGCCACUGGCUACACUAAUUUCAAAUGAUGUUAGCACAAAGCUUCUUCGAACCCCUAGUCAGGACACUUUUCCGCUUCAAACUCCAGAGACAUGGAUGAGUGGCUACCGAGCUGCAUUUUGGCUCUUGUUCUCAAUGAACUUGGUCGCCUCGGCCGUCACUUUUGGCUGCUUACGAAAACUUGGAUAUCUGGGUCGUAAAUAA